AAUUGUAAUGGUAAUGGUGGGAACCGUACAGUCUCCUAUGCACAUCAUUGUAAUAAGUGGUCAGUGAUCAGUCUACAUGUACAUAAACUUACAAGAGUGACAAAAACCAAAAUGUAUCGGUAUCGCGUUUUACGCAAGUGUCUGCCGAUCAAAACUUGGUCUGGGCCGACCGUACAGUGGUCUCGCCCCAAGACGGCUCUCGUGGAGGAGACAGCUCACAGUGCGUUUAAUAAAGAGGCACCGGAGACGAGACGACCGUUCGAGGAGAUUCCUGGACCCAAACUGUGGCCCAUCGUAGGAUGUUUCCCCAACUACUUAGCUAAUGACUUCAAACCCGAGCAGUACCAUAAGAUGUGGCAACGCAGAUUCGAGGAGUACGGAAAGGAGAGCAAACUAGUGGCGGAGCGAGUGUUGCAUCGGCAGUGGGUCAACGUGUACUCCCCUGCUACCGCCAAACAGGUGUUCGCUCAGGAGGGCGAAUACCCCAAGAGGCCUCAGAUGUCACUCUAUUACUUGCGGAAGGAGCAUCUAGGACAUCUGGGAGUCGCACUCGAAAACGGCGAGCGCUGGAAGAAGGGACGUAGUCUGUGGAACCGCAAGGUGCUCAGGCCCCAGUCAGCUGAGGACUUCAUUCCCCGCCUCAAUGACGUGGUGGAGGACUUUGUGGAGCACAUUCGCCAGUUGGCGGCAGGUGGACCGCGCGAGGUCAAUGGCCAACAGUUGAUGCCCGGGGAGGUUCCAAAUCUUCUGACAGAAAUCAUGAAAAGCGCGCUGGAAAUGAUGGGAACGAUUGCACUGAGUAGGCGUCUUGGAGGGAUUCGUCCAGGCGUUGAUCUUGACUUAGACGCACACCGUUUUAUGACUGAAAACGCCCUCCUCUGGCCUCAUUCGACAAAACUGGACAUGUCGGCAUUUCAACUCUUCAGGUACUUCCCAAGUAAGACGUACGAAGCCAUGAAGGGACACUGGUUGAACAUGUGCGCCAUAACAGCCAAACUCAUGGAGGAAUACAAUGACAGCAUGAAGGACACCCUUGAAAGCGAGGAAUUUACGGGCGACUCUGCCCCCGAUGUUUACUCUUAUUUCCUGGCCAAGAACACACCAGCCAAGGAACUUCUGGGCCAUAUGCAAGAUCUACUUCAAGUUAGUAUGGACACGACCUCAAAUUCGACAAACCUGCUGCUGUAUUGCAUAGCUAGCAACCCCCGCGUACAGGAGAAACUGUAUGAGGAAGUCAGCGAGGUUCUUCAAGGGGGAAGAGUAACAGCCAAUAAUCUGAAGGAUCUGCGGUACCUGAAAUGUUGCGUCAAAGAAUCCAGCAGAAUGUUCAUGACAAUCCCCGGAACAUCACGAAUUCUGGACCAUGAUAUCGCACUAAAUGGCUACAAUGUUCCUAAAGGAACCUACAUCAAUUUGUGUUUCCAAACCAUGUGUCGAGACCCAGACAUUUUCGAGGAGCCCCAUGAAUACAGACCAGAGCGCUGGUUAGAUGUUCGUAAGGCGCCAGACAUGGCGUUUUCACACCUUCCGUUUGGAUUCGGACCGCGGAGCUGCGUGGGGAGGAGGCUGGUCGACCAAGAAAUGUACAUUAUACUCGCCAACUUGGUGUCAAAGUUUCGUAUCGAGAACCUGUGCGACAGUGAACCUGACCUGAAAUGGAUCGGUAUCAACCUGACUGCAUCUGAGCCCCUGAGACUCGCCUUCCAUGAACGUUGAGGGCGCCGUUAUACAAACUCAAUCCCAUACCCAAGAGCAUCGUAACUGCGACUGAAUGUUAGACUUUGAUGAAAAUUUACUCUCGUCAUGAUCGAUAUCACGAUCAGUAUCAUAAAUUUAGUCAUCGUGGUCAACUACUGUAAAUAUAAACUACAUGUACUAUACUAUAGGUCUAAAUAUGAUACAAGCUGUAUGUUGACUGGAUGUUAAUAAAGGAAUAUAAUAAAGUUCGAUAUAUUUUAAACUAAAUAGAUCACACUUUUCACUCGUAACCGAGAGCACUAUGAAAGGCGUGCCUUUUAUCAGCAAUCUGUCGAUUGAAUAAACUUCCUUAUUGUCAGGCGCACAAUAUUGUACUGUAGAACUCUGCGCUUUUUAACUAAAUGCACUUACUUUUUCGUUUCAAGUCAGCACGUAUAAAAUAAAAAAAAUGCUGUUUAAAGAGCUUGCUGUGAUUGUUAAUGAAUUUGUUGAAUUUCAAUUGUUAAGCUAGUUUUUUACUUUUAUCAGACAAUUUUAACAAGUUGUAUUUUUAAACUGUAAAGCGCGUUGGGAUUUGUAUCAAAAUGUAAUGCGCUACAUAAGAAUACAAUUUUUAGUAUUAUAGACUUCGAACUUGGUACACAAUGACACGCUAACUUUUCCGGUCAGCAUGUGAAUCCGUAGCUUGCUAUAUCGUCAAGCUUCGUCGAACCACAGUGGAUCCCUCUCUCAAUAAUUCUCAUUUAAUAGUUUAGGCAGAUCGAAAUGUCGAGUUUGCAGCUACGUGUAUGUGUCUUAUCUUUUCUCACACUCAAAAAAGAAAACCGAAUGGUUGAAGCAACGCAUUGUGCUCAAUUAUAACUAGGGUGCAUAAUAAUUAUCUGUUGAAGGUUCAGCUCGGUAGAUACUAUACAUUUUGAGUGGGGGGGGGGGAGACAAUCUACGUACAAUUUGUUUUAUCUCGUAAUUUGACUCUGCUGCUAGCGCUAGCGCUUCCGAUACAAAAGUUGUAGGUGUAUACUUCUGAUCGCACUCUCUCGUUUACAAUUCCUGAAUCAGCACCCGGGAUACGAAUCUCAUUCAGCCGAAUAAUGUACUUGAUAGUGGAUGGGCUAUCCUCGCAGUAUUUGUAAUUUAACGUAUUUUGCAAUUUAAAGACGAAGUGUGCCCUGGGCAAAGUUUUUAAAACGAUGUUCAGUGAUUUUGUUCUUCUGAACGAGUAUUUUGUUGCAAUACCUUUUAGACAGCCGUACCAGUCUAUGUCACGGAUAAGCUUUCUGAAUGAACAACAACUGUAUGUGUCUGAACAGUCCUAUCAUAAUAUAUAUAUUGGUAUUUUUUUGGUAUUGUGACGGAAAGUGUAGUUUUUAUGCACAACUCAUGUUAUUGUAUUCUAAUCUUAUGAAUGAACUGUAGUAUAAGUACAGUACGCCCGUGACUUGGCGUGGCUUAGCAAUGUGUGCGUGUAUGCACGCACGCGAUUGGUUAGCAGAGCCCCAUAGGUUAUAAUUUAGCGCAUCAUAAUGGUUUAGCGCAUCAUAAUGGUUUAGCGCAUGUGCUAUGUAUGCGCGUAGGUAGAUUGCUACGUACGUACGCGCGAAGUUUCUGGCAACUGGCAGCGCGCUGUGCUGUACGAACAUUGAUCUCCAUUAUAGUAAAGUACUAUUUUGGUUUGUGAUCCAUCUCCUUCACACAAUAUCACAAGAGGUGAACGACGUCAUUCCCUGAUCAAUCUAGGGACGGGAAGAAGCUUUUACUGAUUACUUUGUAAAAUUAAGGUGUUUUUUUACCUUUUAGAUUCUAAUUGGUUUAUGUU